AUGUCUGUGACUUAUACCUUCAAUAACAACCAUAACGAUUUAAGCAGUGGUUCACCUACUACUCAGAACGGCGGAAUUGAGUACUAUCGUGGCUCCACGAAACCCCGAACUGGAAACCGUGGACAGGCAAAACCACAGACAAGUAGUUGUGAAAAGGUUGAUCUCACAGUGCACAUAACAAAUCACUCAAACUGUACCAAACCAUGGACGGCCCGUGAGAAAUACCUAGCCACAAUCUGUCUACUGUUGUUUGUGGCCGCCGUCUCAUUCGUUGUUAUAGCCUUAAUAAGAGAUGAAAGAUGCCGCAGGACCACCGGUAAUGUGCCUAUAACCAGAAAUUAUUGCCUUUCUCAACACUGUGUUCGGACAGCGGCCAUGUUACUGGAAGCUAUGGACCUCUCCGUUGAUCCAUGUGAGGAUUUUUUUCAAUACGCCUGCGGCAAUUGGAACCGUAAAAAUAUCAUUCCAGACGACAAAUCCAGCUUUAACACAUUUGAGAAGCUUCACGAUGACCUUCAGAUAACCCUCAAGGGUUUACUUGAAGAAGAAGUAGGCUUGGAUGAUAGCCAAGCUACCAAGAAAGUAAAAGUUCUCUACAAGUCCUGUAUCAACGUGUCUAUGAUAGAGUCAGUUGGAGACCGUCCACUAAGACGGGUACUGAAAGAUCUAGGACGAUGGCCAGUUGUUGAUGACCAAUGGUCAGCCAGUGAUUUUUACCUGGAGGAAGUGCUGGCGAAGAUGCGUGGUGUUUACAAUGCGCCUAUACUCAUCGACUGUUGGGUCGGAGCGGAUGAUAAAAACUCGUCAAUGAACAUCAUACAGUUGGACCAGCCUGCCCUUGGUAUGCCGAGUCGGGAGUAUUACUGGACAGACCACAGUUCGUCGAACAAAGCUGCCUACCUUGAAUAUAUGAUACGGUUUGCCGAACUUCUGGGUGCAUCCCCAGCACGUGCACGAGAGGAUAUGAACAAUGUUUUGAUGUUUGAAACAAAACUAGCAAACGUUACAAAACCACAAUCAGAGAGGCAUGAUACUGGAGCUCUUUAUAGUAAAAUAACAAUAAGGGAGCUGAAGAGACGAGUUCCAAAGUUUGACUGGAUGCGUUACUUCAGCGUAUUUGUCGAAGACCCGUUUGAUGAAUCAGAGCCGAUUGUUACGUUUGCCACAGAAUAUCUAUCUGCCCUUACUGAUCUCAUUGAAGUCACAGAGAAAAGAGUUCUGUCUAAUUAUAUUCUUUGGAGAGUUAUUAUGGGAUUUGCUCCAGAAAUGACAGAAAAUUAUCAGCAAGCCAGACGUGACUACAGGCGGGUGCUCCAGGGAAUAACAAUGGAUAAACCCCGCUGGCAGAAAUGUGUUGGGUAUGUCAAUGAUCGUUUAGGAAUGGCAGUGGGAGCGCUAUUCAUAAGGGACAACUUUCGCAAAGAGAGCAAAGAAUCGGCGUUGACAAUGAUACACAACAUCCGAGAGGCAUUUAACGAACUUUUGGAAGAAAAUGAAUGGAUGGACGACAAUACACGUGCUGUGGCACGAGAAAAGGCCAAUGCAAUGAAUGAAAGGAUUGGAUACCCGGACUUUUUAACAGAACCCUCAAAACUUGAUGCAAAGUAUAGUAUACUCCAUUUCCAAGAUGAUCAGUACUUUGAAAACAUACUUAAUGUGGAGCUUUACGAUGCCCGCAUGACAAUGACCAAACUACGUCAACUUGUGGACAAAAAUGCGUGGGACCAAGGCCCAGCCAUGGUUAAUGCGUUUUACAACCCAAACACAAACGACAUAGUUUUUCCAGCUGGGAUUUUGCAGCCCUUAUUUUACAGCGAUAAAUUUCCAAAAUCUCUGAAUUAUGGCGGAGUCGGUGUGGUGAUAGGACAUGAAAUUACUCACGGGUUUGAUGACAAAGGUCGUCAGUACGACAAGGAUGGAAACAUGAAACAAUGGUGGAAGAAUGAAACGAUAGAGGCAUUUAGGAAACAGGCCCAAUGCAUUAUCGAUCAGUAUUCCAGCUAUACUCUUGAACAGAUCGGACUAAAUAUUGAUGGCAAAAACACGCAGGGUGAAAAUAUAGCAGAUAACGGAGGCCUUAAACAGUCAUAUAGGGCAUACAAGAAAUGGGUGGCAAAACAUGGAGAGGAACUGGCCUUGCCAAGUCUGGAAUUAACGCACGAUCAACUCUUCUUUCUAAACUAUGGACAGAUUUGGUGUGGAAGUAUGCGCAAUGAGGAAGCUUUACAUGAGAUUCGAACCUCAGUCCACAGUCCCGGAUCCAUUCGGGUAUUAGGUCCAUUGUCCAACUCCAAGGAUUUCUCAGAGGCUUAUAAAUGUAAACCAGGUAGCAGAAUGAACCCCAAACAUAAGUGUUCCAUAUGGUGA